AUAUGGCAAUCAAUAAACUACAAAUAUACCUUGUACCUGUACUCUUUGCUUUGUGGAAAACAAAUUACUUAUGUUAUUUUAUUAUAAAAAAAAACAAUUCAUCUUGUCCUUAUCGAUAUGAUAAACCAAUAGCAAUAAUCGACUAAUCUCUUUAGGAAAUUAAGCGAUUCGUAGCUCAUCACUAUUUACUCAGAAUUUUCAAUUUUUACUUGUGUCGGCAAAUUGGUAGACGCGCAGUUAAUUUAUUUGGUCAUUUUACUGUCUUGGUAAUAUUUAGAAUAAAAUAAACAUGAGGAAUUUAAUAUUCUUAUCCCUCACAGUUAUCUUAGUGUCGCAUUCGGUGUGCACAGAACAACAAAGCCCACAACCAGAUGCAAAAGCGCCACAGCCAGCUGGAUCCUUGCCGAUUGUGCUACUGGACGAUAAGAAUGCAGCAGCGAAACCUAGCGAAGAGGCAGCAAACAAACAAGCUGCUCAAAAUGCACCAGCCGCCAAUACAAACCAAGCAGCAACCACUGGCAACCAAAAUGCUACCCCGCCUAACCAAACAGCUACCAUGACCAACCAAACAUCCACAGCAACCAACCAAUCAGCCCCUGCUCAACAAAACUCAACAGAAGCUUCAAACGCUACCCCUCAGAAUGCACUUGUACCAGACCAGCCAGCGACGAAGCAAAACGAAGGCAAGCCUGAUGUUAAUAACAAAGAAGCUGCAGAUAAGCCCACAGAGAAUGCGACGAAGAAAACUGAGGAUCAGGUAGUGCCAGGCAAAGUGGCCAAUGAGACCAAGCCCGCUGCAGAUAAGGCCGAAAAUGGCACAAAGCCUGACGCUAAGGAAAAUGCCACUACAGUCACACCAAAGAAUGAGCCGGAGAAAACCACUAAAGCCCCCGAGGAUAAACAAGUGCUGGCGACCAGAGCUUUCGACGGCGCUAGCUUCGUCGGCGGCAUCGUACUCACGCUCGGCCUCCUGGCGAUCAGUUUCGUAGGCUUCAAGUACUACAAAAAUCUGACGAAGGAGAACUACCACAUUCUUUAAAUUAAGUAUUCGUGUUAAUGUGCACCUUGUAUCUUAUAAGUUUUCGUUUUGUGUAAAAACAUAUUUUUAUACUUGUUUGCGUGCACUCCGAUGUAACACAGGGUUCAAACGUGAAUUUCGAUCGGCAAUUCCCUCACAGAUUCCACGGUCCGGUGGUCGGUCUUAGUUUGUAAUUGAGAUACGAAUUUAUUGAUUUCCGUAUUAUACAUGGUAGGUUUAUUGUGUAUUUGGUAUAAUUUAGCAUUUAUUUUUCGUGAUUUUUCCAUGAACAUUGGAUUCGUAAGUGAAAAUAGGAUAUGCAGCGGUUUUGUAAAAUAUAUACUGUCAGAAUUGUAAUAAAUGUUUAUCUUUGAAAUUAUAUCGAGAAUAUAUAAAUUUAUUUGUCUAUCGCUACUUGAAUGUUAAAGUGCAAUUUAGUUAUAAAUGUUGUCCUAUCUUAAAUCUGUGCCAUUUUGGAACUUGGACGUUUUAAAGCAUUUUCAAUUUUGACUACGCAAAGAGCUGCUUCAUAGAACCAUAGAUAUUGUAAGUGUAUUUAUAAAUGUUAAGUGUUAUUAUAGGGAAACGCAAUGUGAUGAUGAAAAUAAGGGUCUAAAGUAGUACCUACAAUGAUUUGGCAUAAUCAAGUUUCUGAAUCUCUAUAAUGCAUUGCAUGUAAACAUAUUCCUGCGUAACGCUAUAUUUUCGACUUCUGAAUCUCGAAAUGUCUCGAAUAAAAACUUUUUUAUGCCAAAUCAAUAAUUCUGUAUAUUUUGUUUUACUUGAGAUUAUAGCACGCUAAUCGUAAACUUGGGAAAGUUGAUUCCAUCCUAAAGUGCUCUUAAUUCUGAACUAUUUAUGGAUAGUUGUUUGAAAGGUAUACAACUGAUGUUUCCUGUCAUACAAAUUAUAAAUGCUGCUACUUAUUCGUGUCAUUGUCAAAGGUUAUGUUGAAAUAAAGAUAUAUAUUACA